AUGUUGGGACCCUCUCCUGUACUAAAGCAACAGCAACAGCCGCAACCUCAAGAACCCAAUUCAGUCAAGAGCUAUCUUAAUAUGAUCAAGCAUGACAUGGAGGAAGAGGAUCUCCUCAAGAGUUUCAAAGCCAUUACGCAUCAAAUGCAGCAAACAAAGCAGAUGCCAAAAGCCAAUGGCACUCGAUCUGUGGUCCCUCCAUCACCUUCCAGCGCUCCUACUGGCAGUAAAUGGACUUUGGACGCAUUAGCUGAGAAUAUCAAGGCUGCUUUUCACAUCAACCCAACCAAUGCAGGCGCCAUUAAGGACAUUGUAAGCUUGCCAUUCAAGGAUCAAUUCGUUUUGUUGGGGGCCAUUAUAGAGAGAUUGCUCAGUAAGAAUGCACCUACAAACGAUCGCAACAACACGUUUGAAACUGUCAUGAACAUUUUGGGCAGCCUAGGACCUGAAUAUAGCGAUUUGGUGUACAUAGUGACUCAGCCACUCAUUGCUAACUUCUAUGAUGAUAUCCACAAGCCGUACAUCAACUAUGUGGGCAACCAAUUCCGUACAGCAGAUGGUAGCUACAACAGUGUUGUGUUCCCAGGUGUGGGCAAAGCUGGAUCCAACUACACUCGCUCAGUCACAAGCACCAGCAACAACAAUACCAAUCUACCAUCGCCCAAAGAUGUGUUUGACAAAUUGCUCAAGAGACCCGAUGGAGUGUUCGAAGAACACAAGGGUGGCAUCAACAUGAUGUUAUUGUAUCUAGCCAUCAUCAUUACUCAUGAUUUGUUCUAUACGGAUUCAAGCGACCCAAUGCGCAACUUGACCACUAGUUAUUUAGAUUUGUCCUCGUUAUAUGGCUAUAAUCGUGCGGAUCAAGAAUCAGUGCGUCAAAUGGAAUAUGGUCUCUUAAAGCCCGAUCAAUGGUUCGACAAGCGUCUCGUCAUUCAGCCUGCCGGUGUCGCCGGUUUGAUCGUAGUCUUCUCUCGUAACCACAACUACAUUGCAAAGAAGCUGUUGGAGAUUAAUGAAAACGAGCGCUUCUCCUAUGGACCUGGUAAGCGAUUGCAAACCAAGGAAGAGCAAGAUGAGAAGCUGUUCCAGACUGCUCGCUUGAUCAACAAUGGUUGCUAUGCCAACGUCAUUAUCCAUGACUACAUCCGUACAAUCAUUGGUACAAGUGCUGACUCGGAUUUCGUUCUUGAUCCCUUUGCUACACCAAGUGAUCCCGUCUACGGCAAUGCAGUCUCAAUUGAAUUCAACGCCAUCUAUCGUUGGCAUGCAGCCAUCGGCAAAGAAGACUCAGAAUGGUUGACUCAAGUGAUGAAUCUGUUGAUGGCAAAGAUGCAGGCCAGUUGUCAGGAAGAGCGUCAUCCUGGUCUAGAUCGUUCAUUGAUUAACAAGGGCGCACAAAAUGUGGGUAUUUUCGAUCAGCUACUAGAAGGUUUCAACGAGUAUUUCGUUAAGGCUAGCCCUGAGGAGUUGGCAAGAGGUCUGCCAAUCGCCAGUGCGCAUCGUGGUGAAGAUGGCAGCUUUGCAGAUGCUGAUAUUCUUCGUGUGCUCAAGAAUGGAUACAAGCAAUCAGCUUCAGAAAUUGGUAACGGCCGCAACACACCAGCUGCAUUGGAGCAUGUCGAAAUUGCUGGCAUCAACCAGGCUCGCAUCCUAGAUACAUGUUACUUUAACGAUUUCCGCAAAUUCCUCAAGCUGACAACCUUGGAUACAUUUGAGGAUUUCUCAGAGAAGAAGGAAGUGCAAGACGCAUUGAGAGAACUGUACGGUCAUCCUGAUAAUGUGGAACUGUAUGCUGGUUUGAUGGUAGAGCGAACCAAGCAGACUGGCUUGAGAUUGCCGUAUACCAUGGGAAGAGCCAUUUUAAGUGAUGCUGUCAAUUUGUUACGAAACGAUCGUAUUUUGACCAAGGAACUUACGCCUGCUAAUUUGACCAACUGGGGCUACCAAUACACUCGCGGUGACCCUAAAUCGAACAAUCGAAUUUUCCCUACAUUAUUAAGCAACCUGUUCCCUGAAGUCCGCCCUGAAUCUGAUGAAGCAUUUACUGCAGAACAACUCAAAACUCUAUUCAACGUUCCCAAGAAACCAGCAAAGUAA